AUGGCGUCGUCGAGCAGCACGAUUGACAUUCCGGAUGUGCUCCUUACGAAAGUGCGCAAGUUCCGUCUCACACCGUCGAAGGCGCCGAUCACAGCGCAGGUGUACAAGAUCGACAAGAAGACGUUGACGCUCGAACUUGAAGAAGAACUGUUGACGGGGCUGACGAGUGUUGAAGAUCUUAUCGAAGAGUUGCCGGAGAACUCCCCACGCUUCCUCAUCGUCAAUUACAAGCUCAACCAUCGUGAUGGACGCGUCUCCUACCCUCUAUUCCUGCUCUACUGGGCCCCCCAAACCUCCUCCCUCGACCAAUCGACGCUCUACGCCUCGGCACUGAGCAACUUCAGCGUCAAAUCCGACGUGGCCAAAGUGGUCGAUGUGCGCGAUGGCGAUCUGUCGAGUAAGCAGCUGGACGAGCGACUUGGUGCAUAG